AUGCCUCACUUCCGGGGCAAAGCUCUAAUCAAUGGCGAAGCCACUGGUCCAUUAUUAUUCUCCAAUGUCCCUCUCAGCUUCUGGGGCGGAACCGACCCAUCAACAGGUGAAAUAAUCGAUCGCCAUCACCCUCUCUCUGGUAGAAUCCUUCACAAUCAUAUCCUAGCAAUACCUGCAGGCCGCGGAUCAUGUACAGGAAGUAUGGCGAUGCUGGAGUUGAUGCUCGCUGGGACCGCUCCGCUUGGACUGAUUUUCGAAGUACCGGAGCAGAUUAUUACGCUGGGAGUUAUCGUGGCGAGGAAAAUGUUUGAUAGGAGUAUCCCAGUUGUGGUGCUUUCGAGCAGCGACUUUGCAUUACUUGGAGAUUACGAGCAUGUGGCUAUCGCUGGUGAAAAUGUCCAUACCGGACCUGGGACUCCACCCGAACAGAUCGAACUACAACUGCCCAAGCCCACGGUCAAUAAAUUGCAACUUACAGAAGACGAGGAGGUUCUUCUAGCAAAAGGCCCCAAGAAUGCAAAAGGCCUAGCCAUGGAAAUCCUCACCGGAUUCGCCGCCCUCCAAGGAGCCACCAGCCUCGUCAGCGUCUCACAAGCACACAUCGACGCAUGCGUCUACACCGGACCGGCUAGUCUGUCCUUCGCGGAAUCCCUACUUAGCCUUCCAGAUGCACAAGUAGCAGUGCCCACGUCCAUGAACUCCAUCUCGAUCGAUCAGCGGCGUUGGCGAGAAAUCGGCAUGGAGCCAGAGAAGGCUGAGGCAGCUAACAGACUCGGCAAUGCGUACGUCAAGAUGGGAGCUCGCCCGACGUUUACAUGCGCUCCUUAUCUGUUGGAUAGCUCACCUGAGCGUGGCCAGCACAUCGGAUGGGGCGAGUCGAACGCUGUCGUCUUUGCCAACAGCGUCCUCGGGGCACGAACGCAGAAAUAUCCGGAUUGUAUUGAUGUCUGCAUUGCUUUGACUGGAAAGGCUCCCUCGUCGGGCUGCCACAACUCGGAAGAUAGGGCUCCGCGGGUACUGUUGAAAGUAAGUCGCACACCCGUCCAAGACGAAUCUAUUUUUCCUUUGCUGGGGUACCGCGUUGGACUACUGAGUGGUGCCGACAUCCCAGUUGUAAUCGGGAUGGAGGAUAUGAAACUCAGUCUCUCUGAUCUGAAAGCCUUUGGGGCAGCGUUUGCGACGACAUCUUCUGCGGCUAUGUUCCAUAUACGAGGCAUCACCCCCGAGGCUCUCUCGCUGGAUAAGGACUACUCAAGCUUGCAAAGGACACAGAUCCUCACACAGGAUCUCGUCCGCUGCUGGCAGAGCCUCAACACCGCCCAAGACGACUCAGUAUCUAUGAUCGCUCUCGGAAACCCUCACUUCUCCCUCGAAGAAUUCUACUCCUUAGCACAACUAUGCGAGAAGUACGAUCGACCGACGGAAAUCCCCCUCAUCAUCACCACCAGCCGAGCAAUCCAUGAAAAAUUCAUCAAGUUCGGCCGUGGGCAAAUCCUCGAGAAGAUAGGAGCACAAGUCAUCUCCGAUACUUGCUGGUGCAUGCUCGAGGAACCUGUCGUGCCUCCCGGAGGCGGGAACAUCAUGACGAAUUCGGCCAAGUACGCACAUUAUGCUCCUGGGUUGGUCAGGCGAAUGGUUCACUUCGAUAGCCUUGAGGCGUGUGUGCGUGCUGCUUUCGAGGGUAGGCAUAGUAUCGCUUCUCCUAGCUGGCUGCGUUCAAGUUGA